AUGAAGAUCGGCGGGAAUGGCGCCGCAAGCGACUUUUUCGCGGCACACGGCGCGAGUGCUUUGUUGGCUCCAUCGACGGAGGGCAAGGCCAAAUACACUUCACAGGCGGCGCAGUUAUACAGGGAGGAGCUGAAGAGACGCUCUUUGCAAGACGCCGCUGGACUGCCGCUCACGGCGGCAUUUGUGCUGCCGCGCGUCGGCACGGCUGCAGGUGCACGCAAUGCACAGCCUAACGGUGAUAUGGACUUUUUCGACGAGUGGGAUAAGCCAGCGGCGCAUAUACAGUCUGUUGAGCUGCCUGUUGAAGCUUCCGUGCCGCCGAUGGAAGCUGUGCUUACCCCUGGCGCACCCGAGCCCGCACCCGCCCCCGCUGCGCGCCCUAUUACCUCUGCGGCACUUCGGGCACAAGGCGCAGGCGCAAGCGCACGCCGCUCUGUCGCGCUCGGUGCCGUGCGACAGGGGAAUUCUUUGCUGGGCGCAAAGCCAGGCAAGCUCGGACUCGGUGUGCGUAAGACUAAUGCAGCGAUCAACUUUGAUGAAGCAGAGCGCCGCAUCAAGGAGGAGCAGUCGCGUGCGGCGAUCGCCGCACGCGAAGCGCAAGUUGCUGCUGAGGCCACUGCUGCACCGACUGAAACACAGCAGGAGCUUACAACGGCAGCUGCAUCUGCGCCUGCUCCUGCGCCUGCUCCUGUAUCGCCCAUGAGUGCGAACAAAGCGACGCCGAACAAGGAAUCGGGCGACGAUCGUCUCGGUAUGGGCUUCAUGCGACUCGGUCUCGCGCAAGCCCGGUCGAAGGCCCAGUUGCAGAAAAAUGCGCCAAAAGAGAGCAUUGUGGAUGCAGCGGAAACCGAUUAUGCGCGCUCCAAGUUUGCAGCGCAAAAGUGUACGUUGAAGAAAAAAUUAAUCGCAGCCAUCUCCUCGGAUCAGUACUUUGAGCGUGGCGGCUACGAUUCGAAUGCGUCCGCAGAGGCGCAAUCGCGGCUUUCCAACUUUCAGGGCCAAGCAUCGAUUUCUUCGAGCCAGUACUUGUACGUACUUAUGCCCACUCACCACAGCGGCCGCGAGGAAGAGGAGCACGACGAGUACGAGCCCGAGGAACGUGACGAUUUUGCCGAGCUGGAAGCGUCGGCCAAGGCGUACUAUCGAAACUUUAUGGCAAACCCAGAUGUGCAGCAGGGUAUCGAAUCAUUUCGCACUGGCGCACUCAAGCUCUCGCGGUAUCUCGAAGACUUGAGCCGAAACGGUGCCUAG